AUGUCGAUCGACCAGGCGAAAGCAAAGUGCCGACUUGAGGAGAUACAACAGCAGCGCGCAUAUGUAACAUCUGAUGAGACGCAGGAGGUUCCCAGCCAGGAUUUACACCAUAGUGCUGAGGACCUCUACGCUGAUGUGACGUCGCAGCCAGACACCUCAAGUUCACCUGAGGGAGAUGUAAUCCAAGUGACUCGAGAAGACAAUGACCACGCAGACAGGAGAAAGCGGAUUGACAACACCGGUCUGUUGAAAACCUCUAGGCAGAAAAUGGAACAAUAUCUGGCAGAUACCCACUCUGGUGAAGAAAUGGACAUCUCACUGGGGGAGUGCAGCAAAUUAUCAUCAGUUGAGAAAUCUGCAACCCCGCAAGAUUCGAAAGAACCAUCGUGGAUGGAAAUGGUGGAAGUGAUGAAGAAAGCUGGAUCAGGAUCAGCACUGGGACCAAGUGGUAUACCCUACAAGGUAUACAAGAUGUGCCCAAAACUUCUGCGUUGUCUCUGGAGGCUUGUGAAAGUGAUCUGGAGGAAGGGCAAGAUCCCUGAAUGCUGGCAGACAGCAGAGUGGAUAUUUGUACCGAAGGAGAAGAACUCUGCUAACUUGAAUCAGUUUAGGACCAUGUUACUCUUAAGUGUAGAAGGGAAGAUCUUUUUCGCCAUACCUGCAAUGAGAAUGACAACGUACAUGACAUCCAACGAGUACAUUGAUUCUUCUAUUCUGAAAGGAGGCAUUCCAGGAUUUCCAGGGUGUAUUGAACACACCAGCGCUGACACUCAGCUGAUUCGUGAAGCCAAGAUCAACCAUGGAGACCUUAUUGUGAUUUGGUUAGGCCUGUCCAAUGCUUAUGGUUCAAUUCCACACCAACUGAUCUUCAAGGCAUUAGAACACUACCGAAUCCCGGAACACAUCCAGGGGAUCAUACGGAGUUACUUCAGCAACAUCAGACUUCGGUUCACGGUAGGGGAGAUAACAACAACAUGGCAGGCACUUGAGAAGGGCAUUGUGACAGGAUGUACGAUCUCUGUUAUAUUCUUUGUCAUGGGGAUAAACUUGAUCAUCAAGGCCGCAGACAGGGAAACCAGAGGACAUAAAACAUCGUCAGGAAUGGUUAGGUGUACCCCGCAGCUUCACCAGUAUCGGCCUGUACAGUCAGCCAAAUUGCAGCUCACAACAUCACCAUUGGUGGAGGAAUGGAAGGUGGCAAAGGCUAGAUUGGUGAUGCCUGUUAGGGUUUCCAAAGACCAGAAGAUCAGGAGUGCAGGGAUCGACACUAGAACAGGACGGAAGUGGUCGGCAAGCACCGCCGUCCAGCAGACAGAAAGCGCAUUGCGACACAGCGACUUUGUUGGGACAACAUGUAAGGAUUUGGAACAUCACAUGCGUAACGGUGGGAAACAGCUGACACAGUUGGUAGGAUGA